AUGCCUGCCACGGACUAUCAAGGUUCGUCGGCAUCACUUAGACAUUCUAUUUUAAGUCUCCGACGCGACCAGGUCCAUUCCAUGGACUCUCCUCCCGCUGCCUCAUCUCUCGAGCUCGAACUCGAGGCCUUUCAGAAACAAGUUACCGACCGAUUUCUUGAUUUAUCAUCGGCCGGGCCUGAUCGUUUGCUUUCGUUAGAUUGGAUCCGGAAACUUCUUGAUUCUUUCCUCUGUUGUCAGGAGGAGUUUAGAGUGAUUUUGUUCAAUCACAAGUCGUUGGUCCAUAGACCGCCGUUGGACCGGUUAGUUCAGGAUUUUUUUGAACGGACUGUCAAAGCUUUAGAUGUUUGUAACGCGGUUCGUGAUGGAAUUGAGCAGAUCAGAGAGUGGAAGAAGCUUUUGGAGAUUGUUUUGUGUGCUUUGGAUAAUCAGAGAAUGUUUGGUGAAGGUCAGUUUCGCCGUGCUAAAAAAGCUUUGAUUGAUUUGUCGAUUUCUAUGUUAGAUGAGAAGGAUUCAACUGCAUCCGCUUUGGCUCAUAGAAAUCGGUCUUUUGGAAGACAGCAAGCUUCUUCCAGAGACCAGCAUCAUAGGAAUCUUGGGCAUUUUAGAUCGUUGUCAUGGAGCGUGUCGCGGUCAUGGUCUGCUGCGAGGCAGCUGCAGGCAAUUGGGAACAAUUUGGUUGCGCCGCGCGGGAAUGAAGUUUUGUCCACUAAUGGAAUUGCGGUGGCUGUUUACACCAUGAAUACGAUUUUGCUUUUUGUAAUGUGGGCACUUGUGGCUGCGAUUCCGUGCCAGGAUAGAGGAUUGCAAGUGCAUUUUUCGACUCCCAGGCAGUUUCCAUGGGCGCAAUCGGUGUUGUCGUUGCACGAGAGGAUUUUGGAGGAGUCACGGAGAAGGGAUAGGAGGAAUGCUUGCGGGUUGUUGAGAGAGCUUUAUCAGAUGGAUAAGUGUACGAGGGUUAUGAGCGAAUUGACGGAUUGGGUUCAGUUUCCGUUAACAGAGGAAAAAGAAGGAGAGGUGAGGCAAAAAGUGAGGGAAUUGGCAAAUGUUUGUGAGAUUUUAAAGGAAGGAUUGGAUCCUUUGGAAAGACGAGUGAGAGAGGUGUUCCAUAGGAUUGUUCAUUGCCGGACUGAAGGGCUUGAUUCUUUGGUAAGGCCUAAUCACGAGUGA